CGAGUCAUUUAGCACAUGGCAUUAUAUUCAGAUUAUCUCCCCUUUGUAUUUAGAUCUUUCUCCGGAAUUAAAGGACUCCAGCUGAAAGUUAACCUCCAACCCAAUGACAAUUACUUCUUCUAUGUGAGAGCCAUCAAUGCGUCUGGGACAAGUGAACAGAGCGAAGCUGCCCUCAUCUCCACCAGAGGAACCAGAUUUCUCUUGUUGAGAGAAACAGCUCAUCCUGCUCUACAAAUUUCCUCAAAUGGGACAGUGAUCAGCUUCGCUGAGAGGAGACGGCUAACCGAAAUCCCCUCAGUGCUGGGUGAGGUGCUGCCUGCCUGCGGCCAGCAUUACUGGGAAACCACAGUCACAGAGUGCCCAGCAUAUCGACUUGGCAUCUGCUCCAGCUCGGCCAUGAGGGCUGGUGCCCUGGGACAAGGGGAAACUUCAUGGUACAUGCACUGCUCUGCCCCACAGAGAUACACAUUUUUCUACAGUGGUAUUGUGAGCGAUGUACACGUGACUGAGCAUCCCAGCAGAGUGGGCAUUCUUCUGGACUAUAACAACCAGAGACUUCUAUUUAUAAAUGCGGAGAGUGGACAGUUACUCUUCAUUGUGAGGCACCGGUUUAAUGAGGGUGUUCACCCUGCCUUUGCCCUGGAGAAACCUGGAAAGUGUACUUUGCACCUGGGACUAGAGCCCCCGGAUUCUGUACGCCACAAGUGAUCCUUGGCUUUCAGAGUUUGCAAGAGAAAGAAUUCAAAGUUUGGGGAGAGGGUUGUGUUGUUCUUUUUCUUGGGUGCUAUAUAUUAUUAAAAAAAUCUCCCACACAUUCACACUAAUGACAGCUACAUGCACAGCAAUCAGCACGUGAGCAAAACCAAGAACACCUUGACUCUAUAGAGCAGUGUGUCAGUAAAGAGGAUGAAAAAACAAAAGGACAUACCCUUGAUGUGGGAACCCAAAUAAUCAAAUGGACUUCCACUUGUUUUAUUGCUAAAAGAAAUCCUCUGAUGAACAGGUUGGAAUGAAGGGAAGGUAGUGCUAGUGAUAGGUCUCCUCUGACAAACAGACAGACUUUUUGCCCAAGAAAAUGUCACCACCUCACUUCACUGAAAGAUGAUGAAUCCUAAUCAUUAGAGAACAUGUUUUAGCUGAUCUAAAAUUUAUAAUGAACUCUUUUGUAAUGAUGUAUACUGUAGAAUGUGAGUCUCAUUUCCCUGAAAAUUUAAGUGUAGAAAAGUGCAUUAGAAAUUUCCAUUUUGUUAAAUAAAUGGCUAGAGUCUUAUAAAAGAAAGCAUUCUGUGUGAACUUACUGCAGAUAACUUACCAGUAUGAUGUCUUUGAACCAGGACAUACUGCAAAGAAAACAACCAUUAUAUUUGAGUGGGUUGUGCCACUAUUUGAUUUUCAUGUGAGAAUUUUACAUACAUAUAUUUUAAAAUUGAAGUAUUCUCAGUCCAUAGAGCCCAUACAGUUGACUGUAAAGUCACCUACCAGAAGCCGGGAAUAUCUUUUUUUUAACUAAAAGAAGUGGUUGGUUAUGUUUAGAUAUUAUAUUGAAAUUUACCAAAAUCUACCUAAAGUAUGUGUUGAUAUAUUUUCACAAAAGAUGAUUGCUUUUGUUCUCCCUAAUAUAAAUCCUUUGAUCAUAUUUAUAGUUUUUUAUAUUAUGAAUCCAGUUACUUUCUUGGAGAAAUAACAUCUGAUUUUUUGGAUGUUAUUCUAAAAUCUGUUGUUUAAUAGCUAGAAAAUCCAACCUGGAUCUGAACCUGCAUAAUAAAGCCCUUGGAAACCUUCACCACCUUGUCUUGAAAUUAGAGCAGUUGUUGGCAAGAUGGAUUCUUUGAGACACUCCAGGCAUACCUUGCUGCUUUGUGGAGAACAUUAUCUUCAUUUUUUCAAGGCUUGAAAGUGUUAUCCUCAAGUUCCUAUUGGUUAGCCACCCUGGUCAGUAACUACUUUUUUAAGGAGGGGAUGAAAUGUAAUUAAGGAAUCACAUGAAUUUUAGAAUUUGUCUCAGUUUGGGUUCCCCCAAAAGCAGACCUAAGCCUUAGUGCUGGCUGUUUCUAUAGGAAGUGGUUCCAGGAACAGCACUUGAGGAAGUGGGGAGAGUGAGAGGAAUGAGAGACACCAAUAAACCUCUUAUUUUAUUAGUGGGUUAUUACUUCUGUGGGUAACUGAGGCUCACUAGUGCCAGGGUGGGGGGCCCAGUGGAAACCACAUGGAACAUGGCAGAGGCAUGAACCUCAAUGGAUACAGGGAUUCCUGGAGGGUCAUUAAAUUCCCACUCCCACUCCCCAACUUCCCAAGCUGCCUUACCUGCCAGCUCUCCUAGUCUGGAGAGGGCCUGGGAGAGAGUUAAUGAGAAGCACAGGCACUGGUCCCGGGACCUGUUUGCUGGAGCAAACAGGCAAGGCAGACACAUGGGCCAUCAUGUUAGAAGCAGCUUGGGUAGAAGGAAGAAAAUCACUAUCAUGAGAAGAACUAGGCUUGAAUCUUUGUGGAGCCCUUACUGGAUGACCACUUUAGGUGGCUUGGAUUCUGUAGUUGUGCUCUCAAUUACCUUUUCCUCAAGGUAUCAUAUAAAAUGAUAGAGCAUUUUGUAGUGUAUGAAAUGUCAUGACAAGGGACCACAGAACACCUUUAAGUCCAACUCUCCACACAUCCCCAGUGAGCAAUGACCCUCCUCUCUCCACUCUGAGGCAAGAGGAUGGUGGUGGACAGGUUGCUGGGUCCUGAGAGUCACUCUCUGGCUGCCUCUGUCUGUGGAGUGAUGGUGAAUUUUUUUUUUUUUGUCCUCAGGGGAUUAUUGCAAUGCAGACAAGACGGGCAAGUUAAGGCAGUUUCCUCAGGGGUCAAGCAACUCUUUCUCCCCGGCCUUGUCUGAUUCCCAUUUUCCCCUUCCUUUUGUCCUUCUUCUCCAUACAACACACAUCAGCAAAUGUGGGUCAAAAUUGUUCCUCUGGAAAUCUCUCGGUGUUUAUUGGUUUAAUAACAUGUCCUGUCAUGCAUUAUCUCUUUGAAUCUUCUUCAGAAUCUUGCACAGUAAAAACAGUUGCCAUUUUAUAGAUGAGGAAACUUGUUUCAGAGCAGUUAAAUAACUUCGUCAUAGUUACAGUCGGCCAGGGGCAGAG